AUGCCUGAUCAACACGAACCAACCGUUCAAAACCUUGAAAGAAAUCCAUCCAAAACCCAAACACAGGCUAAGCCAGCGGCUUCAAUUUUGAAUAAAACUUCAGGCUCACCAGUAAAAGCAAGUAUUGCUAAUGAGAAUCAAAUGAAGAGAUCAAAUAAUGUGAAUGUUAAUACUUCAGCUGCAACAAACACUACAAAUCCAAUCAACCAACCAGAAACUACUGCACCAACUCGUCCAGCUGUGAAUCCCACACAGAUACCCAACACAGGGGCAAGUUCUUCUGUGAAAUAUGGUAGUGUUUCAUUCACGGUACCUGAUCAAACUGAAAAAUCACAUCGUGGUUCAAUAAGCGCAAGGCCUUCUGCAAUUCACAUAAAUACACUGGGACAAGCACCAACAAUGGUCCAACCUCAAGGGCUUAUGACACCACAACAGCCUUCAGAUACUGGUUCAAAGAUAAAAUCAACAAGUACAGUUAUAAGUCCACAAACUGGAUCAUCAUCCACAACUACAACAGACCCAAAAUUAUCAAACCCAGCUAAUGUACAAAGACAGUAUUCCAUAUCUAAUACCAUUGCUUCGAGAAAUCCAAGUAUUUCAAGUACAUACAGUGGCUCAGCAAACUCAUCAAGACAAAAUUCAAAUACAGGUGAAUUUAUUCAAUUUACAGCAAACAAUUUCCCAUCAUAUCAUCAGUAUCCACAAGAAAAUGUUCCAGCUAAUGGAUUAAAAUCACCCGAAUUGAUUAACAGAAAGAAUAGUACAUCACCAACUUCCUUGGAUCAACACCGAGUUCCCUCUCCAGCUGAUAGUCAAAAACUUGAUGAUCCUCAACAAUCACAACCAAUUGCUAUUCCCAAGAAAAUUAAAGAAAAACCAACUAAAGCCGUCAUUGGAACUCCAACAACUACGGUACCAUUUUAUGAAUUUUUUCAAAAGCAAGAUGAUAAUAAAAUACACAUAUUGAUUGGUGCAACUGGUUCUGUUGCUACAAUAAAAGUUCCAUUGAUUAUUGACAAGAUUUGUAAAUUAUUUGGAUCAUCAAAAGUUUCGAUUCAAUUGGUUGUUACAAAAGCUGCAGAACAUUUCUUAAAAGGUUUGAAAAUAAACUCAGAUGUUAAAAUCUGGAGAGAUGAUGAAGAAUGGUUUGGUUAUAAAAAAAUGGGAGAUCCAGUUUUACAUACAGAAUUAAGAAGAUGGGCUGAUAUAAUGUUAAUUAGUCCUUUAAGUGCAAAUACUUUAGCAAAAAUUUCGAAUGGUAUUUGUGAUAAUUUAUUGACUGCUAUCAUUAGAAGCUGGAACCCUGCUUCACCAAUAUUAGUUGCACCGGCAAUGAAUACAUUCAUGUACACACAUCCAGUCACAAGCAAACACCUCACCUCUUUACAAGAAGAUUGUCCUUGGAUUGAAAUUUUGAAACCAGUUGAAAAGGUUUUAGUCUGUGGUGAUAUUGGUAUGGGUGGUAUGAGAGAAUGGAGUGAUAUUGUGGAAAUAUUGGCUAAAAAAUUGAAAGAAAUCCAGAAGGCAAGGGAACUUGAAAGUCGUUUAGCAGAAGGCACAUCAAAUGGCAAAGAUGACGAUAAUAAAGGAAAAGGUAGUGAUACCAAUGAAGAUGAAGAUGGAGACGAUGAUGACGAUGAUGAUGACGAUGAUGACAAUGAUGACAAUGAUGAUGACGAUGAUGACGAUGAUGAUGAUGAAGAUGAUGAGGAUGAUGAUGAUGAAGAUGAAGACGAUGAUGAAGAUGAUUAUGGUGACAAUAACGCAGUCAUUGAUGAUCAACAAAAUAAUCACAAUUCAAAUCAUAAUAGCAUUCAGCGUACUGAUGUGAAAAAUCCACCCCUAGAGUCUCUAAAAUUGUCGACAUGA